AUGCGAUUGAUCAACGUUCGGUCUUUCGACAUAGUUCAGUUCUCGGACGCGACAAGAAGACCGCCUUAUGCCAUUUUGUCACAUAGAUGGACGUCCGAAGAGAUCUCUUAUCGGGAUCUGGUCUUUCGAAAGGAUGAAUUUCUUCGAUGCGAGGCUGAGACGUCGGCUGGGUGGAUGAAAAUGCAACAAUUCUGCAGGCUAGCCAACCAAGAAGGAUACGAAUGGGUUUGGGUAGAUACUUGCAGUAUAGAUAAGAGCAGCUCUGCUGAGCUUUCAGAGGCCAUCAAUUCCAUGUUUGAAUGGUACCAUGAUGCUCAAUGCUGCUACGUCUACCUUCAUGAUGUGUCAGUACUGCCCAGCCCAAGGGAAAGCACGAAUCGCCCACCCGGCUCCGAGUCGUUCUCGACCAGCGAGUGGUUUUCCAGAGGAUGGACACUUCAAGAACUGGUUGCACCGAGGGAACUGCGGUUUGUCAACAAGCAAUGGCAAUUGUCCCCUGAGACUAGGAAGUCUCUUGCAGCCGACCUAUCAAAAAUCACGGGCAUUCGAAUCGCUCACCUCCGCGAUGGUUUCCAAGGUGCGAGCAUAGCAGAGAUCAUGUCUUGGGCGUCCUCGCGAAGGACGACAAGAAUAGAGGAUACAGCAUACUGUCUCAUGGGACUUUUCCAGGUGAACAUGCCUCUGCUGUACGGUGAGGGACCGAGAGCAUUCUUGAGGCUUCAACUAGAGAUCAUCAAACAGUCAGAUGAUGAGACAAUUUUUGCCUGGCACUCACAGUGUCAGCUGCAAGCACGUACUGGUUGGACGGGCCUGUUGGCAGUAUCUCCGCUGGACUUCAGAAACUGUCGUUUCAUCUAUCCUGCGACCUUCGACCGGGCCAGAGGCCCGUACGCAAUGACAAACCAAGGGCUACGCUUCGAAGUCCUCUUACAACGAGACUCACAGUCUUUCUUGUUGCCUCUGAACUGCACUGAUAUUCCAUACAACCCCGCAAACCCUCCUCAGCCGCAGCGGUUUUGUAUGCUCCGUCUCGAAAAUUCUUGGAAAAUGGGGUUUUAUGGCAGGAAUGCAAUCAACAUCAGCGCCACAGCGGGUCUCACAGAGGACCCCGAGAUCCUGCCGGCAGUGCUCUCAGCGAAAAAUGCGCUGCUCGAAAGAGAUCCCCUGCACGAACUGUCUGAAGCGUGGAGGCGCUUGAACAAUACCGCCAGCAACGAAAGACAAUUCUACCAUGAUAGACCGACGUCGCCAGUAACACUGAAUCAGGUCGAGGGCGCAGACACCUGUCUCCACGAGGAUUCACCGGAUGCUGCGACUCUCUCUUCCGGUCAUCAACGUCGAGAGCCAGGCUCAGAGACCUUCGGCGUCCUGGAGAGUCUGGCCUGGGGACGGUACAGCAACACUGCACAAUCGACGAAUUCGAGACGCCCUGCGAGUUAUGAAACCAGCGAGGACUGCCCGAAUCUCCUCCCGCUGCAACAAGAAAAUGCUAUACUUGCAUUUCAAAAGGACGAGAUUGCAUGGAUGCACAACGUCCUUCACAUACCAACAUUUAUCGAAGAAUGGGAACAAAGGCGACAACAACCUAGAGAUAGGUGGACCGCCAUGGACGCCUUGUAUUUUGCCCUGAUGGCUACAGGACUAUAUUACAUGUCUUCGGAUCAGCAUGAACAGAUUGGCAUUCGAGCCGGCUAUAGGUUAAGCGAAAAGCUUUACCACAAAGCUAUCAUGGUCCUCGACUUGGCGGACUUCAUGUUAGAGCAUUCCAUAUACUCAAUACAGGCCAUCUGUGUCUUUCUACCGUGCGCUUAUGGCUUUGGAGAAUACAAACGUGCCUUGGUAUUACUGUCUGCCGCUACAAACAUUGCUCAAUGCAUGCAACUCCAUCGUCUGGACUCCAGCAGCGGACCGUCUAUUGGCAACACAACAGAUCAAGCUCUCCAACUGGAAAUCAAGAGGCGUAUUUGGUGUUUCCUUGUCAUCCAGGACACGUAUUUAAUAGCCGCCAAAAAGACCUACAAUAUUCUUCUGGAACACUGCACGACGAGCCUCCCGGCUCAUUUCGAAGAACCUGUCAGCAUGUCGACCGGUGAAGAAUUGAACGUGUUGCCCUUGGAAAGUGUGACUCAAAACAGCUAUAUACUCCUUCACUAUCAUCUAUCAAGAGUUCUCCGGGCUUUACAUUCUAGAACCCGUCCCGCUCCUACAGAGCGUCCCAGUCUGGACAGAUUAUACCAGAGAGUUCUGGAGGCCGAUGAACAGCUGACCGAGUUCAUGGAGCUUGCUCCGUCCUGGGUCAAGCUUGACCAUCAACACAAUUCUGAUGGCGACACUCCCUCGCCGACCUCUCGAAUGGCCAGUUCACAGCGUCGAACAUUUCAAAUUGCUUUCCUACACAUACGGUCCAAGAUACAUCAGCCUUUCUACUGCCGGGCCUUCACUGACAAACGCUUCUACUACUCGAAAGCAACAUCUCUGGACUCUGCUCGAACCUUGCUCAAAAUCUUUGCUGAGCCUGCCGACCAAACCCUUCCCGCCAUGUGGACAAUGACAUCCCAUAUCGUUUCCGCGUGCAUUACCAUCGGGAUUCACUUGCUGUUCCCCGAGCAUUCGAGCAACAUCCGCGGCUCCUGGGAGAGAGCCAACAUUGAAUCGGCGGACAGGGCGCUCGUGAAUUCUUGCAUGACUAUUUUGAGCCUGUCCGAGAGGCCAUGCAGCGUCGUGAAAAGGGGGGUAAAGAUGCUAACCCAUCUUUUCAACCAACAAAACAAGCAAACGCCUUCCAACAUGAUCAUAGACCGUGAGAGGGUCGAAAGCAUCUUGCAAGAAAAUGAAACCCCGCCCUCUGAAGAGGCAGAAGAUCAAGAACGGCUGAGCAUAUCUGCCUUUGAGCACGAGCUGGACGAAGUGGUUGGCAGUUUUGAACUGUAUACGAAUAACCAAGGGUACUAUCCAGAGGAUUUUGCUGCCACAUGA